AUGCCUGGGACUUCCGUCUCAGAGCCGCCCUCAGUAUCUCUAUCCUUUGCCAACAACUUCUGGGGCAAGGAUGACGCUGGCGUCGGUCCACUGCUUGAGCGACUCCACAACGCAAAAGUCACCGGCGACGAAUUGAAGUCUUUCUACACCGCUCGCGCAGCUAUCGAAGAUGAAUACGCACGAAAGCUUCUCAAUCUCUCCCGAAAGCCCCUCGGCUCCUCCGAAGCUGGCACCCUCCGCAUGUCCCUCGAUAUUGUCCGAGGCGAAGUCGAAUCUAUGGGCAAGUCCCACCAGAAUAUUGCGGGACAAAUGAAGAGCGAGUUGGAAGAGCCGCUGGCUGCCUUCGCUGGUGGAAUGAAGGAGCGGCGGAAGAUUGUACAGUCUGGGAUCGAAAAGCUGCUCAAGACCAAGACACAGCAGACGAUGGCGGUUAACAAGGCGCGUGACCGCUACGAACAGGAUUGCCUGAAGAUUAAAGGGUUUCUCGCCCAAGCACACAUGGUCAUGGGCCAGGAGGAACGGAAGAACAAGGCGAAGUUGGAGAAGACUCAGAUCCAGCUAUCCAGUACCAGCGCUGAUUACGAAGCCGCUGUCAAAGUACUGGAGGAAACUACCGGGAGAUGGAAUCGGGACUGGAAGGCUGGGUGUGACAAAUUCCAAGACCUCGAAGAGGAACGCAUAGACUUCAUGAAGGCUAGUCUAUGGACUUUUGCAAAUAUCGCAUCGACUGUUUGCGUCAGCGAUGACGCCUCAUGCGAGAGAAUUCGAUUGUCACUCGAAGACUGUGAUGUCGAAAAGGAUAUCAUGGGCUUCAUCAAAGAUGCUGGAACUGGCCAAGAGAUACCUGAUCCGCCUAAAUUUAUCAACUUCUGCAGGGGAGAUGUCAACGACAAUUCGUCAGAGACUUCAGAUGACGGUAAUUACUCCGUGGCACAAUUCCAGCGGACCAUGAAUCCAGCAUUCCGGACCUCAUCGCCUCAACCAUCCGUCUUCGAAUCUCACCACGAUCCAAGCAACCCACUGGCCAAAGAGCUGGGCCUGAAAGACCCCCAGGCGGUCCCAAAUCCUGAGCCAUUAAAGCCCCAGCAGCCUCAAAAUCCCCCGUCAUCACGGGGAAUCCAACCAGAGCCCCGAUUGAUCCAUGCCCAGCAACAGGCACGCCAGCAGUACCAGCAGAGCCAGUAUGGAGAUGGUCCAAAGGUGCCUCACAACGAAUUCCCAAUGGACGGGAUGACGCAGUUCUGUCGGCCUGGUGCUCCAUCCGAACGAGGGAAUCCUGGCCCCGAACGAGGCAAUCCUAGUCUCGAGCGAGGCAAUCCUAGUCCCGAACGAGGCAAUCCUAGUCCCGUACGGCCGUCGAGCAGAGAUUCGCAUAGCGAUUAUUCUGGUGGCUCAAAUUUCUCCAAUAUCGACCUCCCCAGUGGAUCGAACUCCCCAGGGAAACCUAUGGCACCCAUUGCACAGCCACUAGAUGAUAGGCAAGUCCAGAAAAAGAAGAGUGGUUUCUUCCAAGGUCAUAGCCCGUUCCGUAGGAGGAGCAAACAUGAGAAGGAACCGGCCCAGGCAGCUGUCAUAACUCCAAGCAGCCGUAACACAUGGGCACCAUCUUCCAGGAGAAGCAACAACGAAAACAUCAGUCCCACUCGUCAACAAGGCUAUGGUCAAGGUGCGCGUGGGAUCCUUGGAGGAGAAGGACGGUCAGCAAGCCCUGAGCCAGUCGACCCUCGCGCAAACUUUCAGCUAAACAUUGGGAAUAACGUGUUUGAUGUUGCAUCCCCCGACAAACGAAAACAGCAGCAACAAGCUCAAAGUAAUGAACCAGAAGAGCUUGACCCUAUUGCCCAGGCCCUGGCAGAGCUGAAGGGCGUCACAAAGCAAACAUCUGUUCGCAUGUCAGCAGAUCGAUACCACGGUCUUGCCACGCCCGCACCUCCAGGAACGCCAGGAAACGCCAACACGCCAGUUGGAGGAAUCCCUACUCCACUCGUAAAUAGCGCAGUGAGUGCAGCACAGCGCGGUACGCCUCCACCGUCCUACGAACAGCCGCCCAUGUCUCGUCUUGGAGCACCACAGCCUGCCCACACGGCCCGCCAGAUGCAGCAAACAACUCAGAGAUACAUCGACCAAAAGACAAGCAUGUACAACACAGGAGCAAACCAACGCAACUCAAGCUCCAACCAGAAGUCAAGUUCUCGUUCAACCACACGCGCCAGUGCAGGACAAGGCCAAGAAGUCGUUCGAGCUCCUUCUCCCGGUCCUCCACGAGCAACUAGCCCUCGUCCAGGACUCUAUCAAACACCAUCUGCGCAAGCACCCCAGACCUUCCGUGCUCCCUCGCCGAAUCCCUACGCUGCGUCUAACGCCGGCGGCCGGCCUCGAGCACAAUCUUCCAGCCCGAUCAAGCAAUACAGCCGCGACUCCUACACUCGUGGCAGCUCACCAGGCCAAGCUCCCGUUCCUCGCGCCGUCUCCCCCAAUCCAGCGUACGGCGGUGGUCGUCAAAUCCCCGCAUCCCGCGACUCUUAUACUCGUGGCGGCUCGCCAGCCCAGGCGCCCGCCCCUCGCGCCGUCUCUCCCAGUCCUGCGUACAGCAGUGGUCGCCAAGCGCCUGUUCCUCGUGCAGUCUCUCCCAAUCCAGCAUACAGCAGUAGCCGUCAGACUCCCUCAUCCCGUCCCGCAUCCCGCGCCGUGAGCCCAGCACCACAGUUCCGUCAAUCAUAUGAUCGUCCCAGCAGCUCACGAGGCAGCGACAUGGCACUACAGCUUGCCCCGGGCCCUGGCAGUGAGAGAGGCGAGGGAAGCGUGUACGGCGGUAGCCAGCGUAGCCGUGGAGGCGGAGGCAAUCCCAGGCCGCAGAGCGCGUACUAUGCUCCUAGCGAAGCUGGAUACAGCAGCGCUGGAGGUGGCGGCGGUGGCGGCGGUGGCGGCGGUGGCGGCGGUGGCGGCGGUGGCGGCGGUGCAGGUGCUGGCCAGCUCAGCACCAGAGUUCGAAGCCAGAGCGUUGCAGAACCGAGGCAGUAUACUAAGGAAGGUCGUAUGAUCAUGCAUUAUGCUCGCGCUAUGUACAUGUACCAAGCCCAAAUCCCCGAGGAGCUCAGCUUCUCUAAAGGCGACAUCCUCGCCGUGUUGCGCCUGCAGGACGACGGGUGGUGGGAGGCGCAGGUUGUCGGGAAGAAUGGCAGGCCGGGCCUUGUGCCUAGCAAUUAUCUACAGAACUGUUGAGCGGGAUUGAUUGUCGAGUGUCUGCUUGUAUGCAGAAGGUGUGUUUGAUAGCGUUCUGCAAAUUUGCUCAAGGUUUGUGUGGGUUUUUGGGCUACAGCAUACGUGCUGGAUAGCCUGAGUAUGUGCGGCCGAGUUUGUGAGAGGUGUUUGGGGUUUGGGUUGAUUUUGUUGCUUGGGUUGAUGAUGUUGCUGAUGAGGAUGGAGAGGGGGUGUAGUAUAUGGCAAUGAUAAAUUGUGUAUGAAACGAAUCUCUUUCGAAAUCUUGUAUUGGAUUGGAUGUGAGUUGAGACUGGUUACUUUUAGAGAACUUGAUGACUGUUUGCGGUGAAGAAGGUGGCGUCUUGCAGUCAUGGCAAUCAAAUUGAAAAUCAUAGUGAGGGAUUCACUUAUCAUGAAGGCGU